CAAGUGUAAUGGGCUGAGAGAAUUGAUUAUUAGUGACCCCAGGAAUUUAUCUGAUGCUUCGAUAGAUACGAUAGCAAAGUACUGCAAUGAAUUGACUCAUUUGCACUUGCAAUCAUGUACUAGGAUAACAGACGCAGCGAUUGUAAGACUUGCUGAAAAGUGUAGGAAAUUAAGAACCGUUAAUAUCGAAAGAUCGGCUCGUCUUUCUAACUUGACCGUCAAUGCACUCGCUGUCAAUUGUCCUGAUAUUCUCUCGCUCGACUUUUCUGAUCUUAACGAGAUAGAUGAUUCGUCCAUCGUAGCAUUAAGUAAAUGUUGUAUGAGGCUCCAAUCAAUCAGUCUUGUGCAUUGCAACUAUAUUAGUGAUAACUCUGUUAUUGCAUUGUCAAUGCUACCGUCAUUGCGAGAGUUGAGAGUGUCCAGAUGUAAUCAAGUGACUGAUGCGUCUUUGUUAGCAUUGGGAACCCGUGCAAAGAAACUGAGACAAUUGGAUAUCGAACGAUGUGAUCGUGUGACUGAGCAUGGCGUGAAGGCUGUCAUUAUUGGGUGUCCUAAAUUAGAAAUAUUGAAAAUUAAUUCACUAUAUGGGAAUCUAUCAAUUGCAUUUGUGAAGGAAAUGGAGAAAAUGAGGAAUACGUUGAGAAUUCAUAGGGACUGA